UGGAUGAAUCGUCGAACGCUCAAUCGCGACUGCAACAAAUUGUGUCGGCAGAUUGUGGGUUGUGUUGAACCGUGAGUAGGGCCUUUUAAAGGCCCUACGAUUCAUGUCAGAUAAGUUUGUGGCACUAUAGACAGGCUGAAAAUAAAGUAUAUAUUUUAAGUUAAAUUACAAAAGCAAGCAAGCAAGCUAUUAAACCGUAAAAAGUGUGAUUCAAAGUUAUUUUUGGUUAUUCCGAUAUUAUUGAUAUUUAAAAAACGACACGAGCUAUGGGGAUACCAAAAAAACCUGUUAAACUAAAACAAUUGAAGCAAGAGUUACUUAAAGAAGUUAACUUCAUUAAAAGUAUUUUUACAUUUUAUGCAGCACCAAAUCAACAUAAUGGAAAUGAUGAGAAUCAAAUGGAUUUUGAAAUAACAACCAAUAACAAACAAAAGGAUAUUGAUGUACCAAAACGAGCACAUAGUAUAGCUGAACUGGAAGAAAAGUUAGAAAAAAUGAAGUCACAGCAGAAAUUUAAUUUGAAAAGCAAAUUAACAAAGAAAAGUUUAAUGAGUAAAUUAAACAAGAAAAUCAAAAAGAAGGAGAGAGUAAAAUUGAAUAAAAAUAAAAUCAAAGAAGUAGUUAAUACCAGUGAAGAUCAAGAAAUCAAAAUUAAACCUAAAAUUAGCCAGACUAAACCAGUUUUUAAUACCGAAGGAAAGCUUGUAUUUUCAAAGUUUGACUUUGCAAAUUUGGGACAAAAAGAAAAGGCACCAAAAGGUCAUAAGGAUGCAAAAAAAAUUUUGGAUGAAUUAAAACAACAAGAGCAAAAGGUUCAUGAAUUAACAGAGAAAGACAACAGUAAAGCCAAAGAUUUAAAAGAGAAAAUUGCUUGGAAGAAUAUCCUUCAAAAAGCGGAAGGUCAAAAAGUUAAAGAUGAUCCGAUUCUAUUGAAGAAAUCUAUUAAGAGACAAGAACAAAAAAAGAAAGCUAGCAAAAAGCAAUGGGAAAAUAGGAUAAAAUCUGUUGAGGACAAAAAGGAUGAACGGCAGAAAAAGCGUAAGGAAAAUAUAAUGAAGAAAAAGAAAGAAAAGAAAGUUAAGAAGGUUAAAGCUUCUGUUAAAAGAGGACGAGUUGUCAUAUAAUGAUUUCACUAUUCUGUAUUUUCUUGUUUAGUACAAAAUAAAGUACAUUAUUGCACAA